UCUCUGGUUUUUAUCUUGGCUCUCAGGACCACUACUCGCACACUGCUUGGGUCAACAAACAUACGGGAGGGUUCGACUACCGCGCCAAUGCCACGCCCGACAGGGAUGCUCGCAACCACUACUCUUCGGCAUGGUGAAUGCACUGGAUGAAGCUGUGGGAAGAAUCGAAAAGGCUCUACUGCACUACGGAUACUGGAAUAACACUCUGCUGGUAUUUAGCAGUGAUAAUGGCGGGCAAAUUCUUUUCGGCGGGAACAACUGGCCGCUGCGUGGGAACAAGAACACCCUGUGGGAGGGCGGCACCCGAGUGCCGGCUUUCGUAGCAGGACCAGUGCUCAAGAAGUCGGGCUACACAAACAGCAAAGUAGUGCACGCAGUCGACUGGCUUCCGACCCUGCUGAGCGUGGCCGGCAAGAAAGAUGACCCCGAGAGCAUCGACGGAGUGAACCAGUGGGAGGUGCUGAGCGAGGAUGCAGCUCAAGUGCGCCACGAAUUCGUCUACAACAUUCGAAAGCGCGCACAUUUGGAAGGAGCGAUCAGAGACGGCGACUACAAGUUCAUCUUAGGUGACGCAGGCCAUCCGAAUGGCUGGUACCCGGAACCUGAUUUUGAUGAACAUUUUAAAAAGCAAGACUCCAGGAAUAUAUCGCGUGCUCUCUUCAACGUUCGCAACGACCCAGAAGAGAAACACGACCUGUCGUCGUCGCAGCCACAGCUCGUCAAGCUGCUCGAAAAACGGCUGCGGAGGCUCGCGCGCAGUAUGGUUCCCGAGGACAAUCCCAGCGGCGAUCCACGCGGCGACCCUCGGCGGUGGGGCGGAGUGUACACGCCCGGAUGGUGUAUGUCGCACUGAUAGCUAGGCAACAUCAUGUGCCGUGUGGGGAGAAGCGACAGCUGUCCUUCACACGAGUUCGUGGCUCUGUAUUGAAGGAAUAUGCGACGGCAAAGAGAGGCAAUAAAGACCU